CGAAUCACCAUAUCGUCUUCGAAACUUUUGGCUCAUCACUUCAUUAUAAUAAAGUUGUUGUAAGGGCUGUGCUCUGACAUGGCAUCCGUGGACAUCCCGUCGUCCUUAGAACUCCGCUCUCACCAUGAUGACUUGCCGCAACCUCCAGCGCGCAAUAGUAACGCCUCCAUGUUAGACAAUGAAGAUAUGGAUCUGUUUGACUAUGAUGCACGGAUGGAUGACGUUUUCAAGGACGUGGAUACAAGGAUAAAUGUUCCGGCAGAACAGGCAUCUACAGCAAAAGAGGAGCAAAAUGGCGGACUCGGCAUCGACGAAGAGAUUAAAGUGGCAAAGAAGAGAAAGCCUCUGCCUAAAUUGGAUGAGCCUAGACUUCUAUCUCAAGCAGGAAUCCCAAAACUCCGACGAAAAGCCAAAGACCGCUUGAAAUUCAAGGGCAAAGGUCAUGAGUUCACUGAUGUAUCCCGCCUCUUGAAUUUCUAUCAGCUCUGGCUUGACGAUUUAUUUCCUCGAGCUAAAUUUGCAGACGGGCUUGCGAUGAUCGAGAAACUAGGUCAUUCGAAACGGAUGCAAACAAUGCGACGAGAAUGGAUUGACGAAAACCGGCAAAUUGCAGCACGUCUGGAAGAGGAUGCAAGAUACGGCGAAUCAAACAAAGUGAUGGAGAAUGCAGAGGAGCGGCGAAGUCAAGGAGAGGGUUCAACACUUAACGAGUCGCAACAACCUCCAACGAGUGAGAGCAUCUCCCGGUCUCCGCCGGCACCGGCCGAGCAAGGGACAACAACUCAGAAUGGACUAUAUUCGCUAUCCCCAAAUGCCCGAGAGAAAGAAGCAUUUUUGGCUCCUUCAAAUAACAGGGGUAAUGAUAGCCUGUUCGUCUCCGAUGAUGAAGGGCCGGAUGCGCCUUUACCUGAUGAACUUGAUGUUCUUCUCGCCGAGCAUGCUGAUUCUCCAAAUCCUGCCGUGGAUAAGACUUCGGAUAGUGUUGCAGAGCAGCGGUCUGAGAAGAAAGCGGUUCAACCCGAAGAUAAUUUUGACGAUGAAAUGGAGGCUAUGGCUGAGUUCGGGGGUGCAUGGUAAUUUUUCUCGACAUACCUGGAGUUUGGAGUGGGUUUAGAAUGUAUGGGUGGUCAAGUUAUGCCAGUGCUCGAUUUGUAAUUGCGAUUAGGCUAGGAGAUGAAUCAGACCAAUUUGAUUGUAG